AAAAGAUCAAGCGCGAUAAGAGCAACAAACGUCGUAUUUACAAUACAGAAAAGUACUUUUCCUAAUCAAAUAUCGGUGGAAAUGGAAGUGCCUUAUUUUUUUCCCAUCGUGUAAUUUUGACGUUUCAUAAAAAUGAACGAGGUGCAGUGAUUUGUUGUGUAAAAAAUCUAAAUAGCGUUAUUUAAAUGUUAUAAACAAUAAAGACGGCUGUGAGACACGAGAAUCACCAUUAAAUGUCCCGUGUGUGCUUUUGUUUUGUUUUCUGUUUGUUUUAAACAUGUCCAAUGUACCGCCAAAGUUUUAUCAGUUGUGUAGAUUGUGCUUAUCUAGUGAUAAAACGUCUGUGUUAUCUAUAUUCGACGGCGACAAGGACAUCCCAAAGAAAAUCCUGCAUUGCUUGUCAAUUUUGAUCAAAGAAACAGAUCAACUUCCUAAAAUUAUUUGCCUCAAAUGUUCAGAACAAUUAGAGUCGUUUUCGAAGUUCAAAGAUGUCGCCUCUAAAGCAGAAGAAGUUUUAAAUAAGUUUUUAACUUACGCUAAUCAGUUACACGCUAGUGAAGAGGAAAACAUGCGCCAGUCUGAAGAGUUCUUAGCUACUAUUGCCAAUUCAUUAUACGAUAAGAAAGAAAUAAAAUCUGAACCAGAUGACAGUAUUAACGCACACGCCAUUGAAGAUGGGCAAGAAAGCACCACGACCAACGAAGACUUUUCCAGUGAAGCACCGCAGUCAACACCCGUUAUUGUUGCUGUUCCCACCGAGUGUGCCGCCGUUCAGUUGGAUGCACAAAAACCAUUAAGUUUACACAGGGACCCUACAAUAUUAAACGACGAUACGCCUCCACAGUAUAGAAAACCGUUAUUCUUACAUAAGGAACCUUCGGCAGUACACGGCGAUCCGAACGAAUCCAUAGUUUUGCGCGCCAGCAGUCGCAGUUUACAAAACGAACCGCUGGAAUUGCACAAGGAAUCGACUGGAUUAUCGAACGAGCCCUUGAAUUUGCAAACCGAACCUCUAAAUCUUUAUAACGAUUCUGAGAUGCCGGACCAGAAGCACGUCUCUGUAAUUUCAACAACGCCUAAUGUUGCCCAAGUAUGCAAAACUGAAUUGACUAGUAGUGGAGUCGAAGAUGUUGACUUUCCAUGUAAAGAAUCUUUUAUCAAGGUCAAACCGUCUUUUGUUUUGCAGGCACCGAGACCAGUAAAACAGGAAUUUUCCUACCAGGAAGAUGAUAUUGAACCUGCAGAUCUUUCUAAAAGUAAAACAUUUGAAAAUAUUCUAAAUGUCACGAUUAAAGAAGAUGACAUGGACACUCAGUCUGUUUCAAGUGCCAGUUCUGAUCCAGAUAGGUUAGAAGUCGAUAUGUCGCAGGCGGCAGACGAUCAUAAUACCAGUUCUACCAGUAGUGCUACACCUCCUCACGAAAGACCGCCUGAUGCGUCAGAUUGGUGCUUCAAUCAGAAUAAUGGCUUUAAUGCUGGGAUGCCUGUUUUAUCAGGAGAAGCAUCACAACUACUCAGGAAACUAAUAACUUGUAGAAAAUUGGGUAUGAGUAUUACUCCAGCUACACCAAAGGUACUCAACUACUCCCUAUUUGAUGGCCAGCUUCCUUCAUCAGAACCCAGUUUUUCUAUUGAAAAGACAAAAACUUCUGGCAGGAGGAAACAGAGUUAUCCUAGUAAAGCUAAUAAUGUAGAGGAGAUGGAGCAAGGAGAAGAAGAGAGUGACAAUGCUCCUGAUUUCACUGGCAGUACACCUUGGAUCAACAUGGCAGGAAAUAAAUUAAAAAUCAGCAAUAACUCAUCGGCUGCACCCUCCAAACGAAUAGACGUCUGUUGUACUAACUGUAGGACGCAAACGACUACCAUAUGGAGACGAAACGUCAGGGGUGAAAUGGUGUGCAACGCUUGUGGACUGUAUUUUAAACUGCACGGCAUAGACAGACCAUUAACGAUGAGACGAGAUACCAUACAUACGAGAAGACGGAGACCUAAGGCACAGGAAAUGAAGAAUAUGGAGGUUAAGAAUAAAAUGGGUUUAUAUGGGUAUUCGUUCCAUAAAGAACCGAAACCGCGGACAUAUGGAGAUCGAUCAGUUCCCAUGAUUCCUACAACCAUUUCAGACAAUGCAGAUACCCAGAAUAUGCUCAGCGCUUUAAGGAGACAGUUACAACCUCAUUUGAUGAUGGCCUUAUCUCAAGAAGCCGGUGGGCAAAGCACCUUAUUGUCUCAGAUAAAUCAGGGUUUAAGCCAACCAAACUUCUUGCCAGCUAGCAAAGAUUCUCCAUGCGGCUCCGCACCAGAAAUGGAGUCUGACGAGGAAAGUAUAGGAGACCUACCCCUCAAUCUUGUGUCUACCCAUAUGGCCGAAACGGAGACUCAUUAGUUUCGCUCGUUUCUAUACCGAAUUAAAUUUCAACGGCACUAAUCUGUAUUUAAGUUAAAUUUCUAGGCCUAUCUCCUAAAAAUUCGGUAGGUAGGUCCAAUUCUCUACCAGUGAUACAUUUUUUACGACGUAAAGAUAGAUGUUUUAGUAUACUUGAGCUUAGUUUAUCGGUAUAAACUUGUUUAAAUAUUUAAAUUUAACUAGACAGGUUUACCAUUGCCACGAUUCGUCGAUAAACUAAGCUUGGACAAGCAGAAAUGACAUUGCUUUCAAAUAUUGAUUUGAAUGAACAAAAUUUGCAGAAAAUACUCUUAAGCUCUCUUUUUUACGAACGAAAAAGAUAUUUUAUAUUGUACUUACAAUGUUAAUAAUACUCAUUGUUUUAUAAUAUUUAUGAAUUUAUUUUAGGACGUCUAUUUUACUUUUAUUUUAUGUUUUUUCCCUCGGUUGUUUAUUUUAAAAGAAAAAAAAACUUGCCGUUAAAAAUAUUUUUUUAUUUCUAUUCAGUGUGAUAUUUCCAGAAACCGUAUUAUUUCGUACCAAUCCCACGACAUCCAAAUAGUAGUUAAAUAAAACCAAACUUUUUCUUUAUGCCAGUACCUUAAUUUUAGUAGUAUUUAAAGAUAUUUUUCUUAGAAAUUUACCUUAUUAAGAAUCUCGUUUUUAAUUUUUCCGUAUUUUUAACAGUAUUUUUUAUCAACUUCGAAAAAUACAGAUAAGUUUUUGAAAGAUUUAGUUAUAUUUUAAUUAAAAAAGCUAAAUAUUACAUUUUGGACACUCCUGUAUGAUAUUUACUUAUUUAUUUUUUUAAAUUAUUAACGCUAAGCUCUCUUAUCUGUCGCCCUCGUUCAAAGUUUAAAGUGUUUUUUAUUAUAUGCAAGUUUAAUUUAAUAAAAACAAAAAUUAACAUUUGAUUUAAGCUUUAUUAGAGGUCGAUAGUGAUUAAUUAUUUGGCAUUUUAUACCAGUGUGUGAUUGUUUUAACCAAUAUUUAUUGUAAAUAUUUUUGUUUUGCAAUAAUUUUGUACACCAGUUAUUAUUAGUUUUUUAGUAUUUUUUACUUAAGGUUUUAUUUGCGAUCUUUUAUCAAUUAACGCUUUUUAUGAGAUUUGUUUUUAGCAUUUUUGCAAUAACUUUGCUCCAAGCAGGAAAAUUUUGGUUUUACUUCUAGUAUUAUAUUUUCAUGAACUACUUCAUGUAAAUUUUUCAAAUUCAGGUGAUGCUUUGAUUUUAACUUGUAUUUUUAAUGGUAUUACACGGAGCAAAGAAAAACUAAUGUAGCGUACCUAUUAGUAUUAACCAGUGAGUGAUAUUUCUUUAUUUUUAACACAUUGACUUAAAUUUUUUUUAUCUAACUUAUUUUCCUUUUUAACGUAUGGUUGCCAAUCAAAAUUUUAUUGGAAAUAUUCAUUUUUUUGUUGGGUGAUUAAUGAGAAUUUUCCAUUCAACAAGUUUUUGGUCUCAAAGAAAUUCUUGUGUACAAAAUAUUUAGAAACUGAAAAAAAUAUUAAUUCAUUUGAUUGACAAUCUCUACAUAUAAUAAAAUCAGUAUUUUAUACAUUUUUUUUAUUGUUAAUAUCUAGCAUUAAGCUAAAGAAAUUGCCUUAGUUGUUAAGUUUAAUAUUAUUAUGUUGGCAGCUAUGCCUCAGAUUUGCAAUACCAAUUUUUGCCAGUUAUUAGAUAAUAAAGAUUUCUUGUUAGUAGCGGUAUUUUGGAAAGUAGAAUUUUGUACUUUCAAUUUCCAAAAUACUCUUACUAAUGAUAUUGUAAAAAUUGACUUAUGUAAAAGUUGUGAUAUAUUGUUGAGAUAAACGAAGAUGCGUUUUUUACUUAAGUUUUCGAGAAUUUUAGAAGGUCAUCUUUUUUUUAAUACUUAAAAGAGGGGUUUUGUAUUUUAUAUUUACCAGGAUAUAUAUACUUAAGGUUGGCUAAACUAGAAGUUAGGAUAUUUUUUUACCAAUAAAAACAUGGCUGCAAACAAACCAAUGUUUU